UUACACUGAGAGGAUAUCACGCAGUGUCACCGCGACCCAUACAUGAUGAUGACGAUGAUGGUGGGGCUGAUGAUAAAGAGCUGGACGGAUCAGGAGAGGAUACCCGGAGCUUAGAAAAUGCCAUCCAAGCACUUGUGUUGAAUGUGGAUGUUGUGAUGCCGUGGGGAAGGAUGCGCCCUCACCUCUCGGCUGCCUCCAUCCUCCUCCUGGCCCUGAUGGGCGUCGCGUCUGCGGCCACGGUGGGGAUCCCGGAGGAUUACACGGCGGACGAGGCUGAGCGCACCGCCGCCGACAACAUGGUCUUCGAUGAUUACCGGGGCAAAGGCUGCGUGGACGACAGCGGCUUCGUGUACAAGCUGGGGGAGCGCUUCUACCCGGGCCACUCGAACUGCCCGUGCGUGUGCACGGAGGACGGGCCUGUGUGCGACCAGCCCGAGUGCCCGAAACUGCACCCCAAGUGCACCAAAGUGGAGCACAAUGGAUGCUGCCCCGAGUGCAAAGAGGUGAAAAACUUUUGCGAGUACCGAGGGAAAACGUACAAAAUACUGGAAGAAUUCAAGCCGUCGCCCUGUGAAUGGUGCCGCUGCGAACCAAAUAAUGAAGUACACUGUGUGGUGUCAGACUGCGCCGUCCCAGAGUGUGUCAACCCUGUGUAUGAACCGGAGCAGUGCUGCCCCAUCUGUAAAAACGGUCCAAAUUGCUUUGCUGGAACAACGAUUAUCCCAGCUGGGAUUGAAGUAAAGGUGGACGACUGCACCAUCUGCCGCUGCCACAACGGAGACUGGUGGAAGCCAGCGCAGUGCUUGCGGCGGGAGUGCCUCAACGGCCAGUCGUUGUCAUAGAGAGACUCCAUUGCGGACGGUGGAUAAGCUCAGGCAAGGCUCUGCCUACUGCACCAUUUUGUAUGAUUGACAGGGCAGGAGCACAAUUCUUACAAAAAAAAAAAUAAAAGGAUCACAAAAAACAGACGGCGUAGAAUCGAAGAUAUGUUCUGUUAAGCUUCACACAGAUACAAAUUUAGCCACUGAGAAGAAAAUGGAACUUGUCUCAUGGCUGUUUCCAC